AUGUCCGCGAAGGCGCCCUUCUCGGCCUCGCCAGCGCCGGGUGCGCUCUCCCAGGCCGCCGCGGCCCGCUCCCAGAGGGCGGCCGCCCAGUCGGCCGCAGCCGCGAUAUACUUCGUGGACAGCGCUACCGACAAGGUCAGCAGCGCGACCGACAAGGUCAGCAGCGCUACCGACAAGGUCAGCAACACUACCGACAAGGUCAGCAGCAUCCUCAUAGAGGACAUAUUUCAGUAUCCGAAUAUCGACGGCUCACGGCUUGGUGGGGACGUUCCGCUCUCGAAGUGGGAGACCAUCUUAGACGAGAGCUGCAUUAUACCUGGUAAAGUAUACGUCUACAGUCAGUUCAUUGUGAAGUUCAAGAUAGUCUACAGUCAGUUCAUUGUGAAGUUCAAGAUAGUCUACAGACAUCUCAUUGUGAAGUUCAAGAUAGUCUACAGUUAUCUCAUCGAGAAGUUCAAGAUAGUCUACGGUCUCUCUCUCUUCACUCGUUGGCUUGAAGGCGAGUACGGGCUGCACGAUCAAGACACCGUCGGACUCAAUAUCAACGCAGUUGGACGGAGUUACUUGUUGCUUCAGGGAUGCGACCUCUCCAUCAAGAAGGUCGACGACAUCAAACUCAAGAUCGACGGGGACCUCAGACGGUAUAAUGACAUCAAAGCUAUCAUGACGCGUCUCGCCAAGCAGUCACUGGCUCAGAACAACCCAGAACAGUACGAAGGUUUCUGGGUCGACUCAGAUGAAGAAGAAUACUGGGAUUACUACGGCUACUACGACGACUACGGCCAGUGGCAGUACUACGAGGAUGACGAGUGGUGGGACGAGGAAGAACAAUAUGACGAGCAGUAUCCUCCACCCAGGACCUCAGCAGCAGAUGACGAGGCGUACAAGGGAUCCGGCAAGGGCAAGAAAGGAAACCCAGGCAACUGCAGCAAGUGCGGCUCUAGAUGGCAUCGAUCUGAAGACUGCCCGGCCGGAGGCAAGAAGGACACCAAGAAAGGCGACGACAACAAAGGGAACGGCAAGAGCAAGUCGGACUCGAACAACGGCAAGGGCAAGUAUCGUGGCGGAAAGAGCCGCGGUCGAGGCAAAGGACGAGGAAAAGGUUACCGUGGCAGAGGCAAAGGCAAAGGCAAGAAGAGCAAGGGCCACUAUGGUGAUGACUACGACGAGGAGUACUACGACGAUGAUUGGGACUGGAGUACCACUUACGGCAGUUGGUAUGCGACGAGAACCAAGACCCAGAAUAAGGAUGCGCUGUGGACCUUCAACAAUCGAACAGAAGUCCAUCAUGGUUCAUCCUGGUCUUCACUGCAGACAGUACCCUCCUACAGCCUGGACGACCCGGAGUCACCAGACAUGGGACAAGGCCUGGAUUUCCUUGUCAGAGAAGUUCAGAACUUGUGCUACGAAGAUCAAGUGUCACAGCAGAACAAUCACAACGUGCACGAAGUCAACACGAGCUAUCAUUCUAUCAAAGGCACUAAAAGGUUUGGUCUGCUUUACGAUCCUGGUGCAUCGUCAGGCAUCAUCGGCACGGACACGGUACGGGAAUAUCAGCAGGAGAUUCUCGGCGGCGCAGAGAUCGAAUCCAGACCAACCCGAGCUCAGUUCACGGGCAUCGACGGCAAGCCUACACCCGGCAUCGGCAAGGCGAUCUUACCACUACGCAUCCCAGCCAUGAAGGACGCAACGUUCACGGGAGACAUGAUCGGAGGCAUGGGAAGCUGGUGCCCGGCUCUGAUGCCACUGCCAACCUCGAUCAGAUACAGGGCCAUUAUGUUCUCGGCGAUGUUCGACAACGGUGACGGCAUCCUGGUGAUUUUCCCUGACAAUCGACGACUUGGCAAUCGAGCUACACCAGUGUAUAUCAGGCUCCUGUUGACGGAUUCUCGGCACUACAUCAUCCCGACGGACAACCAGCAUAUCCGAGAAGAAGUUGAUCAACAAUAUCUUCAUGGAGUUCUUCUGGAGCAUCUUCAAAUAUUCUGGGACUUCAAACCAUCCCGCUCUGGAGGCAGAUCGGCGGAGUUUCAAGUGGACACAGCACCCGCGGACACUAGCACCGGAGCGAAGUCAUCGACUUUUUCGGGCAUGAGCAGGGAUACGACCAACCCAGAAAUUCUGAAGCAGCUGGACCAUCUCAGCAAGAGCAUUGAGAGCAUCAAGGAUCACAUCGGCCAGCCCGCAGCUCACAACACGCACCACUUCUUGAGCACGAAGACAGCAUUCGCUGGACACAGUUGUGGAGACGACAAGCGCACCCAAGACCACCAGUAUCCUACGAGGAAAACGACUAUUACAAGAACACAAAACUUCUGGAAGGUCUGGGGCAUGUUCAAGGGCAGCGGCUUUACUGGUGACAUGAUUCCAGACGGCCUGAAUCCGGAACAACAAGAACGAAUGCAGAAGAACUACCAGGGUAUCCCAGAGAAGUUCUACACCAAGACGAAACUAACGGUCAUUACCCCCAGAAACGCGGACAGCUUCCUGAAACAUCUCCAAGAUUACAAGAUCACGAGCGUGGACAUGCAGGAACACUUCUCGGGAAGCAGUACCUUGUCAUUCUGGGCAUGGAAGUGCGAAUUCUCGGUAUUAUUCCCAACAGAUAUGAGAUACGGCUGGAACCUCGGACUGAAGGAACACCAGGACAUCAUUACCAGGUUUCAAAAGGCCAUCCGUAUCCAGGUGAAACUCUACACGCCAGAGUGUACCCCCUGGUCACAGGCGAGUCAGACGGCAGAUCCAGAGAGAAAGGCAGCGAAUCGCUCAGCAGAUCUUCCAGCACUUCAAUGGGUAUCCGACGAAUGCAAGAACACGAACCUGGACGGCACGGACUACGUCAUAGAGAACCCAGCCAAGAGCGCGAUCUGGGAGGAGUCACCCUUGAAGGAGCUGCAGAGCGACGAGCGCAUGUACAAUAACACCUGCGACCAGUGCCAGCACGGAGCUCAGGACGCAGAAGGCACACCCAUCCAGAAACGGACGAAGUUCAUGGCAUCCCUUCGCAUGAGGAGAACGGCAAUUCAGUGUCAGUGCGUACGUCCCCAUGCUUGGCUCGUUGGAGGCGCCCAGACAUCGAAGGCCAAGAUCUUCCCAGAGAAGCUGUGCAAGAACAUCUUGAAGGACAUCGGCAAGCGCAUCGAGAUGACACUCAAGACACCAUUGGACCUUCUUUUCUGGACGUGCGAGAGCAUCAGCAGUAAAUCACCCAAGAAGGAAAUAGUGAUCAAGCCCAAUUUCGACUUGCAGCGCUUCAAACAUCAACUCGAAGAGGCGGCUUCGGAUCAAGCACGACUGGCAUUGCUCCUGGGAUUUCAUCUGAAGUUCUGGCACGCUACUCCUGAUGAGAUGGCGAGACUACUGGCGGCCCUUGGAGUGGAACCGAACAUCAUCAAGCUCUGCCCACAAGUGGUCAAGGAUCUGUGCGAAGGUUGUCGCAAGUAUGCCAUGCCAUUACACCGACCAGCGUUUCGCGCACACAUCACGACGAAGUUCAACGAGCGAGUUCAGGGCGACUUAUUCUUCCUGUGGGACAUGAUAUGGCUCAUUCUAGUGGAUGAGCACAUCAGAUACAAGGUCAUUGGAGUGAUGAAGGACAAGACGGCCCCAGAGUACCUACGUUGCAUGGGAGAAUGCUGGAUCAGAUUCUUCGGGCCCAUGGAGACAUUCGUAUCGGAUCAGGAAGGAGCUCUAACCUCGGACCUCGUUGGAACGACGCUGGACAGGUACACGAUCAAACGAGAGUUUGCCGGCACGGACACCAACAAAGAGGAGAAGAGUACUACUGGAUUGGUGGAAUCUCACAUUCGCAUGACUAAGUCAAUAGCGCUGAAGAACGAGGUGGUCGCCAAGCGAGAGGGCCUCAACAUUUCCAAGGAGACACUAAUGUACGAGGCGGCGAUGUCGCAGAACUUAUUGCUCAACUUCGGAGGAAGCACGCCCGCCAACGCACUUCUCGGCUACACUCCUAGGGACUUCUACGACGAGAAUUCGGCGACCACCAUGGCCCAUAAGGGCGCGCUCGAGAUUUCACCCGACACGUUUGAGUCGAACGUACGUAUGCGAUUGUUAUCCAAGCAGAAUGUCCUGAAGACGAUCGUUGAAGAACGCCUCGCCAUAGCCAACAAGUCUCGACCACAGAAACUGGACAUCGAGAGGAUCAAAGUCGGUGACAAAGUGGACUUGUAUCGCACACCGAGCAAGAAGGAUCAAGAGGGCUGGCGAGGACCAUGUGAUCUACUACAUAUGAAGAGCACAGGAGCGAUCGUGGUAUGGAAUGGAUAUCCCUACAUCGUUCCACUGCGGCACAUUCGGAUUCAUCAGAGACUAGAGGCUUGGACCAACAGCUACGAGCGUCAACAUACAGCAUCUCCACCUUCGAUGUACUUGGUCACGGACUAUACCGACAUGCUUGACAUUGUGGAAGGCACGGUUCCGUUCAAGCCGCAGAUCGUGGGCAUGCUGAUUGGCGCCGACGGCAAGAUGCGAGCCUCAUCCAGUAUGGGAGAGACACCUCCCAAGGUCUGGAGUCUAGCUCAGCAGUGCGCAGAGGACGAGUGGGGAAUCAAGAUCGACGGCAUUGUCUUUGGCAGAUGUGUUCGACGGUUAUACGCGGUUACUGGAACUACUUUCGGACGACAGGUGACCUGGGACUGCACGAGACGCGAUCAGUAUGUGACAACGGACAUCAAUCCCAGCAGACAGGUAUUGGACAUCAUCAAUGCCAUUCCGAACAUGAGCGACGUCAACGCGUGCAGUAUCCUGUUCUACUCCUUCUCAUCAAUGACAGAAGACGAGGAAACGAAGAAGUACGUCAUCCCCGACUUCUCGGACAUCUCGGCGAUCGAUCCCGACGAUGAGAGCAUGCUACAGAGGCAGUACAGCAUCCUGGACAUGGACAUCCUCAAGCAGCAGAAGUACAUCCUGGACUUGGACCUCCUGCUCCACCAGCUCCUCCAGCAGCUGGAAUCCGACUUCGACCCGAACACGAUCAACUACCACUUCCAGCAGGACUGCCAUACGGCGGAGGAGCACCUCCGGGACCACCACCUGCUCCUGAACGAGCGGUGGCAGCAGCUCCAAGCACUGGACGAAUCUCAGCAGAGUAUCGAAGUGGAUGACAAGAGCAUGAUCAGUGACGAGCAGUUCGUGCCAGAGUCAGAUCGACACCUGGUCAGCGCCUACAUGGACAGCGAUGAAUUAGACGAGUACCAGACGAUCAUGACCAGCAUGGCCCAGGAAGUUUCAGACAACCUCCAGUGCAUGAGCGAUAACGAGUUAACAUGGACGGCGGAAGAAGCACAUUGGACGAUACCCGGACCGUUCAAGGAGAGCAGAACCUUCUACUUCGACCUGAACACCGGCAAUGCGAUAUUCGCCCAGAACGACGACAUUUUGACUGAGGAAGACAUCAUCAAGUACUGGCCGCUCGUCGAGGCGGCAGACCGAUUGGAAUCGAGGUCGUUCAUAGACAAUUUAUGUUUCAAAGCCGUUCAUCACAACAACAUGGACAGUUCGAAUGUGAUCGACGCGGUGUGGGUGCGACGUUGGAAGAAGGACGGCAACAUUAUGAUGGUAUGGACGGUACACGUGGACGACAUUAUCGUAUUGGCGAAACAGGCAUGGUUGUUAUGGGGUCUCAAUUCCAUGGAGAAGCGAUUCGGCAAGAUCAAGAGACACGAGCUUCCUUUCACGCACAUGGGUAUGAGCUAUGAAGUAUUGGGCGAGAGACACUUAUUCAUACAUCAACAUGUAUUCACGGAAGGACUGAAGAAGAUCGAAAUACCCUUCAAGCUCAAGGACAAGCUCGACCAUGAAUGUGACGCCAAGUUGACGCACGAUUUGAGAUCAGUACUUUGUUCACUGUUGUGGCUUUGCCAGACACGAGAGGACAUCUAUUGCGACGUGGUGCAGCUACAGCAGAUCGUGAAGAAAAGCAAUAUCGGACACCUGAAGCAGGCCAACUUGAUCGUGGACCGCGCCAAGAGGAACAUGAAGAUGGCGGGAUUGCAUUUCGCACCAUUAUCUUACCCGGUCAGGCUAGUAUCAGUUGGAGACGCAGGUCACGGCAACACAAAGACGUCCUAUCCCCAAGAAGGAUCAGCGGUAUUUCUCAUGGAGGACCACAUGUAUCAAGUACGUAUCGACAAGAAGGACCUAGUGGACCCUAGUGACAACUACCUCCUCGGAGGCUCAACCCAUCCUUUGAUGAUUUCUUCUGGGAAGUCCAAGCGUAUAUCUCAUUCCACGUGCAACGCAGAGACGAAUGCCGGCUACAAGGUGAACCAAGCGGCCCAGUUUAUUGCAUUACGGAUGAGCGAGAUUAUCAUGUGUUCAGAGACUCAACAUAAGGCAAAGGACAUGAUGGAGAUUUUCGAUCGUUCAUUGUAUCAAGUAAGAAUCGACCACUGCACGGACUGCAUGGACUUCUGGCAAUUAUGCUGUGGAGUGAAAGGCGUGCCUUCGGAUAAGUCGAGCAGGCUGGCAGUACUGAGCAUGCGCGAGGAGAGGCUCAGCGGACGCAUCCGCAACUUCAUCCACCUGCCCACCGAAGUGGUCAUAGUCGACGGGCUCACCAAGACGGGCACAUUCAAGUUACUCAUGGAACAUCUGACGACGGGCCGAUGGUAUGUGAGACCACCCAAGGGCAAGUAUAUCACGAUACGACGUAUCAUACAUCAACAGGACAGCUACUCAGAGCAGGACUUGCUAGAUCUCAACGAGUAG